AUCAAUAACAGGACUAGUACAAAAAUCAAGUGGAUGUCUGUCAUAACCAGUCAGCUGAAACAGGAGUGAAAUAUUUGGUGUUUUUACAGAUUUCACCGCAGUUAUAAGGAAUGGUUAUAAAACAUCACAAACUGGUGAAUUAAUACUAAUUAUAGAUUCAUUAUUCAAUGGAAGGUUUAUGAUGUUUUAUCAAAAUUAACCAAUCAACAGGACAUCGAGACAACAACAUGUACAGUACCACAGAUCGUAACAUUAGCUUUUUAUCUACGGAAAGCGUUGACCUGGACAUUCCCCUGGAAUCGGAAAUUCGGAAUGCAAGGAUUCUACUUCUACUUCCGAGAUUUAUAUUCUUAUUUGUCAUUUUAGUUGUCGGAACAACUGGUAACGUUCUUGUCUUAUAUAUUUAUCACUUUAAAUCAAAGUUAUCAACUUUCACUUUAUUUGUGCAAGUUUUAGCAGGAUUGGAUCUCUUAAACUGUCUUACGAGUGUGCCAGGAGCUUUGGCGUUGGUGAUCGGACAAGAUCAUGUGGACAUGGAUAUAUUAUGUACUAUGAUGCCAUUUCUCUCACUUUACACUGCCAUUGCGUCUGGAGUACUGUUUACGAUCAUUGCGUAUCAAAGAUAUUAUGGGAUCAGUAAACCUAUGGUUAUUGUAUUCGAACUACAGCAAGCCAAAAAACUUUGUCUUUUUUCAAUCUUGAUAGCUAUCUUACCCAGUAUUUUAAGACUGUUUUUAGAUUAUGGUUUACGAUCAGAAGUUAGCUUCAAUGAUUUAAAAUUUAAUAUAACAAUGUGCGUGGUUACGGAUGAAGAACGACAAAGUGUUCUUUAUUUCAUAUACCAAGCUGUUCUGGCCAUUUUGUUUUUUGGAAUAAUCGUUACGUUGUCUGUUUUGUAUAUAUUAAUGUGGAGGGAGCUGAUCCGAUGCAAUCAAAAAAGGGCUCAACUUUGCCAAGACCAACCAGAAUCUUCUCAGCCAAAUUGCAAUACACAUAUAAGCACGUUCAAAAUUUUCUUUGCUAUUACCGUUGUAUUUAUCUUGAGCUAUUUACCGCACUUGGUCAUUGUUUCGUUCAGACAUUUGGAUUCAAAUUUGUCACCAUUAAGACGAGCGUUUUAUGAUCUGGGAUAUUACAGCCCGCUGUGGAACAAUGCUGCCAAUCCGCUUGUGUAUAGUUUUUAUUCGGCAGAAUUUCGUUGUAAGUGUAAACAAGUGCUAUGCUGUGAACCAGUGCCACGGCAACCAGGAAUUUCUUUUAGAAAUACUAAAAAUGUGCGAAUGGUAUCAGUGGAUCACUCAACUGUGUGAAAAUUAGAAAUUCAUUCAUUUGUGACGUCUUGCAUCUGUGUGCUCUGUCCAUUUAACAACAUUUCAGUUAUGUCCAAAAAAAUGUCAGUAUCUUGCAUCGGCAGGAUGAACACACAUUGUCUGGACCACAUUAAGCUUACAUGGGGCUUGACAAUUGACAGUAUUCAACAGUGAAAAUUGGGCAUAUUCCGGCACAGGGCCCAUGGUCGCCUUACCAUAGCUGCGAAAUUCCUAUGUCCCCCUUGUUAAACUCUAUCGUAUUCAAUAGUGAAAAGGGGGCAUAUUCCGGCACAGGCGCCAUGGUUGUCUUACCGUAGCUGCGAAAUUCCUGUGUUCCCCUUGUUAAACUCUACCCUAAUAUGAGAUAUUUAUUUAUGGUAUUAAAAUUAUUUUAGAACUAAUUUGGGGGCCCCUUUAGCAUUGGAGCCCAUGACUGCAGCCCUGUCAGCCCCUCCCUUUAAUCCAACUCUGCACAUUACGACUAGAUACCAAGACAUUCAUUAUCACAGUUAGUUAAUAAAUAAAUAGUGAUAUCACAAUUAGUUAUUAAUUAAAGGGUAAUACCACAGAAGGGUGAUAUCACAGUAAGUUAAUAAAGGGUGAUAUCACAUUUACCUAGUUAAAAAAAAGGUGAUAUCACAGUUAGUUAUUAAAUAAAAUGUGAUAUCACAGUUACUCAUUAAAUAAAGAGUGAUAUCAAAGUUAGUUAUUCAAUAAAAGGUGAUAUCAUAUUUAGUUAUUAAAUAUCACAGUAAGUUAUUAAAUAAAAGGUGAUACCACAGUUAGUUAUUAAAUAAAGGGUGAUAUCAAAGGUAGUUACUAAAUAAAAGGUGAUAUCACAUUUAGUUAUUAAAUAUCACAGUUAGUUAUUAAAUAAAUGGUGAUAUCACAGUUACUUAUUAAAUAAAGGGUUAUAUCAACGUAAUUAAAUAAAAGGUAAUAUCACAGUUAGUUAUUAAAUAAAGGGUGAUAUCAUAUUUAGUUAUUAAAUAAAAGGUGAUAUCACAUUUAGUUAUUAAAUAAAGGGUGAUAUCACCAUUAGUUAUUAAAUAAAGGGUGAUAUUACAAUUGGUUAUAAAAUAAAGGGUAAUACCACAGACAGUUAUUAAAUAAAAGGUCAUAUCACAGUUAGUUAUUAAAUAAAGGGUGAUUUCACAGUAAGUUAAUAAAUAAAGGGUGAUAUCACAAUUGGCUAUAAAAUAAAGGGUAAUACCACAGAAAGUUAUUAAAUAAAAGGUGGUAUCACAGUAAGUUAAUAAAUAAAGGGUGAUUUCACAGUUAGUUAUUAAAUAAAGGGUGAUAUCUUGGGUUAGUUAUUAAAUAGAAGAUGGAAUCACAGUUAGUUAUUAAAUAAAGGGGGAUAUCUUGGGUUAGUUAUUAAAUAGAAGAUGGAAUCACAGUUAGUUAUUAAAUAAAGGGUGAUAUCUUGGGUUAGUUAUUAAAUAGAAGAUGGAAUCACAGUUAGUUAUUAAAUAAAGGGUAAUAUCACAGUUAGUUAUUAAAGAAAGGGUGAUUUCACUGAUGGUCCAAAGUGCUGCUUGGGUGGGAUCCUUAACAUUUAUACUAUUGAUUGAACAUUUAUACUAUUGAUUGAACAUUUAUUCUGUUGAACUAAGUGGGAUCCUAGUCUCAACAUUUAUAGUGUUGAACUAAGUGAGAACCUAGUCUCAACAUUUAUUCUGUUGAACUAAGUGGGAUCCUAGUAUUAACAUUUAUACUGUUGAACUAAGUGAGAUCCUAGUAUUAACAUAAUUGUUGAAAAAUAAUUACCUCAUUGAAACCCAUUGGUUGUCAUUAAAAAUAAUCAUCUCCUGAAUAUCAUUAAAAUAAAACUGUUAUAAUAAUUAUAAUGGUACAAAGAAGUGUUAUUUUGUUGCAUGUUACUGCUGUUAUUAUUAAAGAUGUAUUAUGUAAGAGCUAAAUCUACCUAUUGAAGGGGGCAGGCACAUAGCCAGCUUGCUGACUGCAGAGGGGCAGUUAAAUUUUUUGUGGGGGGACAGGUCACAGUCUACAGUAGGUAUUUUAGAGGUAUCAUCAGCAACAUUUUUUUUCAGGGGGGCAUUGCCCCCCCCACACCCUAGGUUGGUUGAAUUGUUAUAACAAGAACGACUAGCUCUUUAUUUAAAUCUAACAUAAUGCAUCUUUAAUUGUUAUGAAUUUAUAUAUAUAAUAUACAAGGGGACCCCUUUUUUACAUUGUUAUAUUUUAUUCCCUUUUUGUUUAUUAAUCUAAUUUAUUUGUAUCGUAUUCAACUGCCCACAUUGUGAAUUAUUUAACAAAUAUCUGACUUGGAGAGAUUAUAUGGAUUAAUGAUUGACAGCGAAUCAUAUAUUGAUACUGUACGAGGACACUAGUCUGAGUGUUGUAUCAAUAUAUGACACAAUGUCUUAUUCCGAAUUCCAUCUUUCAAGGGUUCUUUUAAGUGCACACCACAGGACCUCUGUUUUUUGUAACAUGCAAACGACUAGACACUAUUCCUGGCUGGCUAUAGUUAGCCAGCAUCUUACUCACUGAGCCACUACAGCUUCCACCAAAUCUGCUAUAAGAUUAACAUAAAUGUUAAUAUUUUAAGAUACCAAAUUACUAGCUGUCUAGUCGUUUGGAUGGCAUGAAAAAACGAGGUCCCGUGUAUACAUUGGCGUGCAUGUAAAAGAUGCCUUGGCAGUUGGAAUUCGAUAUAAGAGUAGGCCGUAGCGCCGCUGCCCGGGCAAAAUUUCAGUCAUAGCACACUGUAUGGCGUAUGCCCGUCUUCAUUAGCCCAGUUGGAGCAGAAAAGUAGGAUGUUAAACCCCAUUUCACUUCAUUUCAUUUCUGUUUUACGUCGAUAACAUUGGUAGGAUACAAUUACACAAUAACCUGCUGUGCUCUUUGGACAGCAUACGUUGAUGCUUUUUUUAAUGAUACACUAUAAUAGUUAAAAACUAGAUAAUGUAAUUUCAGUCAAAUUGAUCCACUCUGAUUUCUGAACCGAAAAUUUAUCAAUUGAAUUUUGGGCCUAGCCUCGAUCAUCUAUACUAAAGUCGGUACGAUAAAAUACAUAGUCUUGAUUAUCCAUUUCUUGAUUUAAUCAUGAAUGAGCGUAGAGCAGAUCAGAUCCUAAUCCAGUAAAUAUCACAGGCUAGCGAUGACAUCGAGAGUUGAUUAUUGUCUGGAUAAGUUAAUUAAUGUCUAAUUAAUAAUUUAGAUAACAUUUCAGCUCUUGCAUAAUGUAUGUUUAAGACAGAGGUAGGAAUCGUAUCGCGCUUUGAGCAUAACCUUAAAUGUUGCGAAUAAAGCGCAUUAAAAAUAUACACAUUAUAAAUUAUAAAAAGAUAAAUAUGCAAGUAUUUGUUUAGGAUAUUAAGAGAGAGAGAGAGAGAAAUGGGGUUUAACGUACACUCGACACAAACUAGGUCAUUUCGGGACUAACAUAUGGUUCAAUUUUAUUUCCAUAAUUCGCUUGCGUGUAGGGGUCUUUAGCAGUGGGAGAUAACCGGAGGACCCGGAGAAAACCCACGAGGUUGGACAGGCGACCUUGUCAUGUACAACCAGGGAUUCGAAACCACGCCAGUUGACUCAAUGACAGACUUAUGAUACAGCGCGCACGUGCUAACUAGGAUAUUAAGACGGGGAACACCAGUCUGACUGUUGCUGUAUGUACCAGUAAUUUGUGAGUGCUAUCAAAUUAUUUUGUCCAGGGCAGUUUUAACAGCAUUAUAGGCCCCCAGGCAAAGCAGUGCUCUGGGGCCCCUACCUACGCAACCACUCAUAUAUAAACAUAUAUUUAUUAUAUUGGUACUUACAACAAAAUCAGCUUUUAAAUGUUACAGCAAGUCACAAAAUACAUAGACAAGCAAGAGGGCCCUAUAAUUCUUGUGGGCCCCCGGAGAACUGUCCAGUUGAAUAAAAUUUUACUGUAUUUGUACUUCCAACAAAAUCCUUGUGGGGCCCCCAUCAAUCUGAUUAAAACACAGAUCCUAUUUCAUUUUGUUUUUUAUAGUUCAAAAUUUUGUUUUACUUGUCUUUACUACACUAGGAUCUGGAAGAAUUGUUAUAUAUUCUACGUUCUGGAUGAUGAGAGAGAUUAGCCAAUGAAACAGUUUGUUACAGCAAGUUUUUUGCUUGAGAUGCAGAGAACUGUGCAUAACCCACUAGAUACCUCAACGCUGAUUGGUUAAUCAAAUGACUUGACAUCAUAGGGUCAAAAGCCGCUCGUUUGACUUCUGACGCGAGUUUCCACUACAACUGGUCAGAUCUUCAUGUAGUGUAGGCCAUCGAGAGUAUAAAAAAAUGAAAUGAAAUAUAGAUUGGGCUCCCAGGCAACUGCCCAGCAUGCCCACGCCUUAAGACAGACCUGCAUGCAUCAGCCUUAAUACUGUUGGCUUGUUUCAUUUCACAUUGUAGAUCUCAAUAAAAUGAUUGUCAAAUAAUACAUGUAUGACUUAGGGAUAUUAAAGAUACAUUAUGGGAGAUUAGAUAAAGAGCUGGCAGUUAUCAAUAUAAUAGUUAAAAACUAGAUAAUGUAAAGGCAAUUUGCUGAAAAUUUCAGUCAAAUUCAUCCACUAUGAACCGAGAAUUUAGCGAUUGAAUUUUCGGCCUUGCCUCGAUCAUCAUUACUAAAGUCGGUACGAUAAAUAACAUAGUCUUGAUUAUCCAUUUCUUGAUUUAAUCAUGAAUUAGCACAAAGCAGUAAAUCCUACUUCAGUAUAUAUCGCAGGCUAGCGAUGACAUCGAGAGUUGAUUAUUGUCUGGAUAAGUUAAUUAAUGUCUAAUUAAUAAUUUAGAUAACAUUUCACGCCUAAAGAAAGACCUGCAAUUGGCAGAUUUACCUCUUGCAUAAUGUAUGUUUAAGUGUAUUAGAAAACUAGUAUGUAUUGUGUUGUCAAAUCUUAUAUUAUUAAUUAUGUUAUUCUGAGGAAAUUAUUAUUGAAUUAAUCAGAAAUAAAUAGUUAAUCUUCC